CAAUAUUUAGCUUCUUGCCUCUCUAGUUUCAACGCAUCCCAGCCAGGCGCAACUUCGCUCUAUUUUGUCUGGUUCCCAAUUCCUGUUGAAACUCCAACGACUCGGCCGUGCCGGAGAGACGCCGCAAGUCUCCUCUGUAUACAGCGAGGGGUGAAAUCUCUGACACCCCUCUCUGUACACAAAAGCCACUGAACUUCUCCUUUCUUUACCGUCAGCUCUAGUUUUUCUUCUCUCAGCAAACAUGAACUCAGUUGUGCAGGGGUUCUCAAAAUCUCUCGCCAUGACUGUUCUAUCCGAGAUCGGCGACAAGACCUUUUUCGCCGCAGCUAUCUUGGCAAUGCGUCACCCAAGAAGACUUGUUUUAGCAGGUUGCCUGUCAGCUUUGAUUGUGAUGACUAUCCUUUCUGCUGUUGUUGGCUGGGUGGCUCCAAAUCUGCUCUCUCGUACAUGGACUCAUCACAUAACAACUAUAUUGUUUUUUGGAUUUGGAAUUUGGUCCUUGUGGGAUGGAUUUACUGAUGGAGGGGAGGCUGAGGAAUUUGCUGAAGUUGAAGCAAAAUUGGAUGCUGAUUGGAAAGCUAAUGGCGAAACAGCCAAAGGGGAAGCCAAGGCUGAUGAUGAAUUGAAGAAGCAGAGACGGCCAUUUCUCUCUCAGUUCUUCUCACCUAUAUUCUUGAAGGCAUUUUCUAUUACGUUCUUUGGUGAAUGGGGUGACAAGAGCCAGAUAGCUACCAUUGGUUUGGCUGCAGAUGAGAACCCAUUUGGUGUUGUCCUAGGUGGAAUUCUAGGACAAGCAUUGUGUACUACCGCUGCUGUUGUUGGAGGAAAGAGUUUGGCAUCUCAGAUAUCUGAGAAAAUAGUUGCUCUGGCAGGUGGAGUUCUUUUUAUUAUUUUUGGGCUUCAGUCCUUCCUUUCAACGGUCGAGUCAUGAGGCUCCUGAUUUUCUAAUGGAUUGAUAUCUCGUUUCAUGAAUUGACAAAAAUUGAGCCAUUGAGAAUAUUGCAAAUAGAGUCUGCAGCUUUAUUGAAUAUUUGAGAAUUGAGUGCAAUUGUACGAUCAGGAACCAGCUGAUUCGAAGUACUAAUUUAAAUGUUUGAUUUAUAAAGAUGAAGCACUCUGUUAUACUAUUUUCAUUUUGGUAAUGGCUCUUCCUUUGUCGCUUUUCAUCUAGUGUAUGCUCUCCUUAAAUAAGGAUAUUGUUAGAUAAUGAAAUUUCAUACAAGAUGAAUCAAUUUGAGGCCUA